CUUAACAAUAUUAGGCUAAAGGACCUUCACGUUUAAACUUUGGUUACUCAGAGUUCAACGUGUUUGAUCUUGUUACCUGAGUAGGGCUUACCCCCCCGGUAGCUGUAUAAUCCCUGCCAUGGCAGUGUCCUCACCAAAGGGACCAGCGCUUGAGACUGUGUUAGCCUAGAUCUGGCACAGCAACGUACGGAAAGGGAAAGGCCACAGAAGAUGGACGUGUUCUCGGAGCCAAGCGCAAGGCUUUUAUACUAUUUAUUGUCUUCACCGUGGUACAAGAGGAGCAUUAAUGAUAGGUAUUUACUGGCCGCUUACUUUGGGGCCCUCCAUACGCUGUGUGGAAACCACCUCCCUCCCCACAGGCCUUCAUCCUCCUCUCGGGGUGGGGCGCCCAGGGAACGCUAGCUCGGGAACUGCAGAAUCGGAGAGCUGCACACUGAAGAAGCCCGGGGUAGGGAGGGGGGCGCGGCGGUAACGGACACUUCCGCCCGCACGAGGCCUUCCGGUGCGGAGGUCACCAUGGCGGCGUCCUUGGCUCGGCUCGGGCUCCGGUCUGUGAAGCUGGUUCGGGUUCAGUUCUGCCCCUUUGAGAAGAAUGUGGAGUCGACGAGGACCUUCCUCCAGGCGGUGAGCAGCGAGAAGGUCCGUUCCACCAACCUCAACUGCUCGGUGAUUGUGGACGUGAGGCACGACGGCUCCGAGCCCUGCGUGGACGUACUGUUCGGAGACGGGCAUCGCCUGAUUAUGCGCGGCACCCACCUCACCGCCCAGGAAAUGCUCACGGCCUUUGCUUCUCACAUCCAGGCUAGGGCUGCGGCGGGCAGCGGGGACAAGCCAAGCGCUGGUACCGGACGCUGACAAUGCAGAAGAGAUCAACAAGCCGAUUUUAGCUUGGGGAUUGCUAGAACACUAAGCUAAGAGUUUGAGGGACUUCAUCACUUAUCACAAUCUGGAGGGCCACGGAGCGCCAAAAAGAAAAAAAAAAAAAGCGAACCCUGUGACUACUGAUCCAACCAACAUUUCUGAAACGAGACACGAUCAGAGAGGGGUCUGCACAAACUUGAAUUUAUUUCAUUUUCUUACCAUCACUCCCUGCUUAAACCUCUUGAAUUUGGCUUUUCCCCACCACUCACUCAAGGUACCUCUUAAUAGCCAAAUCCAGUGCUGUUUUUCUCGGUCCUCGGUCCUCGUAUUUCCGUUUCAAUAGCAUCUGCCACUAAUUAAUUGACUCCCUUGUGGAAGUUCUCUUCCCCGGGGGCCUUUUUUUCUUCUAGCCAUAAAAUUGUACUUCUCUCAUCCUUCAUUUUCUUUUCUAUUUGUGAGCAUUUCAUCCUGUCAUAACUUGAACUCGGGUUAAAUCCUACAUUUCUGUUUGGCUCUAAUCUCAACUACUGUGUUAUAGUCAGCUUCCCUACUAGCGAUUUCCUCCAAACCCCACCAGCACUCUUUGUCCAAAAUAGAAUUGAUAAUCUUACAUACACAUAUACUUGUCUUUCCUCCUGACUUCCCCAUUCCUUCAUCUGCUUCAUCAGCUCAGCUACCUGGGCUGGAAACCACAGCAUUACUCUGCUUCUGCCCUCUCUCUUUCCCUGCAUAUCCAGUUAGUCAAUUCAGAAUAUUCUUUUUUAAACAAAAGCUUCUGAAAUGUUUCUCUGUUCCCAUUCACUUUCCUGUAUCAGUGUAUUCUCCCACCCAAUCUCCUUUUUUCUGACCAUUUUUGCUGCUGCUUAAUUUUGUCUUUCAAAGCAGGUCACUACUUGUUUCACACUGUGCCUAAAUGUGUUUUUCAUACUGGAUUACCAACCCAUUCGUAUGGAUUAUGAAAUUAAUUUAGAGGGUUAAAUCAGCCUUUCAAAAACACAGUAAAGUAGAAUAAAAAGUAUCAGAGUUCAUGCCACAAAGUAUUCUUUUAAGAAAUGUAAGCUUUCAGCAUAAUCAUGAAUAUAUACAUAUAAAACAUGAAGUAUGUUUAUGUAUGCAUAUCUGCAGGUAGUUGGUUGCAGAAUAGAAUUGCUUCUUACCAUGGGUUAUAGGAAAAAAUGGUUGAUGACUCCUGGUUUAGAGAACUUCAGAAUGCUUACACAAUCAAGGAUGUCUGGACACUGCCUGCUGUGUACUUUGCCAAAUACAUUUUCCAUGACUUUGGUAUGCA